AUGGCAGCCUUUGAUGUUCACGAGGAGGAAAUGAAUCCACAGAGUGUGAGGGAGGUCGACUUUUUUCCUGUGUUCGACCUGGCCCUGAAAACGCCAGAGCUUUCAGGUAUCGUCUUUCUAGGCAGCCCUGCAAAAGCCAGUGAGAGCUCAGCCCCCACUGUCAUUACAUGCUUUACAAGGGGACUUGAUCUCAGAAAGGAUAAGGUAGAUGUCCUCUGCCCAGCUAACUGUCCUACGUGGCAGUUCUAUGUCUAUGGGAAUGUUGUAUAUGCCUCCAUUUCCAGCAUCUGUGGAGCUGCCACUCACAGAGGUGUGAUCACCAGCUCAGGUGGACCUGUAAGAGUGCAAAUGUUACCUGGACAAGAGAAUUAUUCUGCAAUAUACACCAAUGGAAUCCAAUCCCAAGUUCUCUCUAGAUGGUCGGCAUCAUUCUCAGUAUCCAGUGCCAAGCGUGGAGCACUUGAAGCAGCUGGGCGGCCAAUUUCAACAGCACGCCCAUCUACAGGUAAACGACCUAAGAAGCCUCUUGAGAAAAAGUCUGGGAACAAAGAUUGUAAAGCGGAUAUUGCUUUUCUGAUUGAUGGAAGCUACAAUAUUGGGCAGCGUAGAUUUAAUUUGCAGAAGAACUUUGUUGGGAAAGUAGCAGUGAUGCUGGGAAUUGGAACUGAAGGACCGCAUGUGGGAGUUGUACAAGCCAGUGAACAUCCCAAAAUUGAAUUUUACUUGAAGAACUUCACUGCAUCCAAAGAUGUCUUAUUUGCAAUAAAAGAAAUAGGUUUCAAAGGAGGCAACACCAAUACAGGCAAAGCCUUGAAACACACAGCCCAAAGAUUCUUUUCUGUUGAAAAUGGGGUACGCAAAGGCAUUCCUAAAGUCAUUGUAGUUCUCAUAGACGGCUGGCCAUCAGACGAUAUAGAAGAAGCUGGUAUAGUGGCCAGAGAAUUUGGUGUUAAUGUAUUCAUUGUAUCCAUUGCAAAACCUACCACUGAAGAACUUGGGAUGGUUCAAGAUCUUGGCUUUGUUGAGAAGGCUGUUUGUCGAAAUAAUGGUUUCUUUUCCUACAAUAUACCAACCUGGUUUGGUACUACAAAAUAUGUGAAACCCCUCGUUCAAAAGCUCUGUGCUCAUGAACAAAUGUUAUGCAGCAAGACUUGUUACAAUUCCGUGAACAUAGCUUUCCUGAUCGAUGGUUCCAGCAGUGUUGGCGACAGCAACUUCCGUCUCAUGCUUGAAUUUAUCAGUAAUGUUGCCAAAUCAUUUGAGAUCACAGAUAUUGGUGCCAAAAUUGCAGCAGUUCAGUUCACUUAUGAUCAGCGCACUGAGUUUAGCUUUACAGACUAUGUCACAAAAGAGAAGGUUCUAUCUGGUCUUCGUGGAAUCCGCUACAUGAGUGGUGGUACUGCUACCGGAGAUGCCAUUACCUACACAACCAGAAAUGUGUUUGGACCUGUAAGAGAUGGACCCAACAAAAAUUUCCUAGUGAUUUUGACUGAUGGUCAGUCUUAUGAUGAUGUCCGAGGACCUGCUGUUGCUGCUCAUAAAGCAGGUAUCACCAUCUUCUCUAUUGGCAUUGCUUGGGCUCCACUGGAGGAUUUAAAAGAUAUGGCAUCUGAGCCUAGGGAAACACAUACCUUCUUCACAAGAGAAUUUACAGGACUGGAACAGAUUGUUUCCGAUGUUACUAGAGCCAUUUGCAGAGAUUUCAUGGAAUCCAAACAAUGAAUGGAAGGCGGAAGAUAAUUCUAAGCACACCAGGAAAGCCAACGAGGUCUCUAUCUAGAGCAAAUGAUGUUCUGUUAUUCUAGCACACAAAGUUGCAACAUCUUGGAUUUGCUUACAAAGGGCAACUGUUCUACUUUGUUUAGGCAGAACUUCUAUUGAAGUCAGUGCAAGUUUUGCUUGAAUACAUAGUAAGUAGAGAAUUUGGCCAAGUUACCAUGUAUAUGUAUAUUUAAUAUUCCUCAGUUAAAGUUUAAAGUGAUGCAGAUCUUAUAGUUAACAUUACCUGAUAUCCAUUUUAUGUAUAGAGAGAAAAUAUACAGCUGCUCCUGGCAUUAAAUGCUGUUACCUAAUAAGUCUCCUCACCAAUUAAAAUGACAAUAAUCUGAGAUACAUUGUAUCAAGUGUAAAAGAAUUUACUCAAGAAUGCUGUCAACUAUGCUGA